UCCGUCCUCUUCCUCCCGCGCAAGGCUUCCUGGGAAAGGAAAGCGAAGCGCGGAUGGAGUGGUUGCUGGAGAGUAAGAGGUAACCGUGGAGGAUUGCGCAGGCUCUUGUUCCUUAAAGACAUUGGAUCACCAGAUGUCUUCGCCAAACAAAGCAGUAGAGUUACAGAUGCAAAUACGACAAAAUGCUGAAGAGUUGCAAGAUUUUGUGAAAGAGUUAGAAAAUUGGGAAAAGGAUAUUAAAGAAAAGGAUUAUAAUUUAAGGCAGCAGAGUGGUGUCCCAGAAAAGGAUUUGCCACCAAUUAGAAAUGAAGCCUAUAGGAGGAAGAAGAAGAAAACCAAAAUGAAAGCAGUGUCCAAAAAUACUACAGAAGAAAACAAAAAGAACAAAAUAAAGUCAUAUGAUUAUGAGGCAUGGGGAAAACUUGACGUGGAUAAGAUACUUGAAGAGCUUGAUAAGGAAGAUAGCACCCACGAUUCAGUGUCUCAAGACUCAGAUUCUGAAGAAGAUGGAAUUCGUAUAGAUACAGAAAAAGCACUUGCUGAGAAAGAAAAGGGUAAUAAAUAUUUUAAACAAGGGAAUUAUGAUACUGCAAUAGAAUGUUACACAAAAGGAAUGAAUGCAGAUCCUUACAAUCCAGUUUUGCCGGCAAACAGGUCAUCUGCUUUUUUUCGACUGAAAAAGUAUUCUGUAGCUGAAUCUGAUUGUAAUUUAGCACUUGCCCUAGAUAAAAAUUAUACUAAAGCUUAUUCCAGAAGAGGAGCAGCUCGCCUUGCUUUGAAAAAUUUUGAGGGCGCAAAAGAAGAUUAUGAAAAGGUUUUGGAAUUGGAUCCAGACAAUUUUGAAGCAAAAAGUGAACUUAGAAAAAUUGAACAGGUUCUCAUAUCUAAAAAAAAUUCUCAACCUGAAGAAACAGAUAUUUCUACUACUAUGGAAGUUGCAGAACAGAAACAAACAGAAGAAGAACAACUUAAGCAAAAAGCUGUAACAGAAAAAGAUUUGGGUAACAGAUAUUUCAAAGAAGGUAAAUACGAAAUAGCAAUAGAGUGCUACACACGUGGUAUAGCAGCAGAUGGCACCAAUGCACUUCUUCCAGCCAACAGAGCUAUGGCCUAUCUGAAAAUUCAAAAAUACAAGGAGGCAGAAGAUGAUUGUACAAAAGCUGUGUUAUUAGAUUCUUCAUACUCCAAAGCAUAUGCCAGAAGAGGGACUGCUAGAGCUGCGUUGGGAAAGCUAAAAGAAGCCAUGCAAGAUUUUGAAACAGUCUUAAAACUGGAGCCUGGAAAUAAACAAGCAAUAAAUGAAAUAAUGAAACUUAAGAAUGAGUUAUUUGCGAAAGGACUGCAGAUAUACCCGGAAUGUCCUGAACUCUCACAGGGUGAAACGGAAGUACAAAAUCAAGUGAAACCCAUUGACAAACCCAUGCAUCUCAGGUCAACAAAACCCUUGAGAAGAAUAAUAAUUGAAGAAGUGGAUGAUGAGACGUUGUGCACAAAUCUAGUGGCUCCCACCAGUCAAAAACCUGUUUCAGCAAGUAUAGAAGCAACACAGGCCUUGGCAUCUGCAAAGAACCCAAGUGAAAAUGAUUUGUUUUCAACAACUGAUACUCCUCAAGCAAAGUUGUUAAAAAUAGAAGAAAUAGGUGAUUCUCUAACCAUGCAGUCAUUUACCAAAGAUAUCGUGAAAGAGAAAUCACCACCAAUCCCUCACUCUUGUCCUUUGAAGGCCCAAACAGAUAUGGAAAACCAAACUCUUCCUCCAGCAUCUGCAUUUCCUGUGCCUCUAGUCCCUGUGAAUUCUUUCCAGCUUGAAUCAGAUUUCAGAAAAUUAAAAUGCUACCCAGAUCAAUUAUACACUUAUUUGAAACAAAUCAACCCUUCACUUUACCCCAACCUGUUUCAAAAAUCUUUGGAUCCAGAUGUAUUUAGCCAAAUAUUGAAAAUUCUGCAAGAUUUUUAUAUUGGGAAAGAAGGCAAGUCACUUAUUUUAGAAACUCUGCAGCAGCUAUCAAAAUCAAAAAGAUUUGAUAUGGCGGUAAUGUUUAUGUCAGAUGCUGAGAAAAAAACUGUGUGUUCAUUAUUUGAUCAUUUGGAGCAAUCAGGAUUGAAAGAUUCUUCCAUUAUUCAACUCAAGAAAGCAUACAAUCUUUGAGACAAAUGGCUUCACAUGUACAAAUCCAGCUGAUUCUGCACCUUUUGAAAAGGCAGUUGUCCCACCUGAUGAGAGACUAAUUUUUCGCUUGUGCAUAUGGGGAAUCUUCAGUACCACCUGCCCCAGUGUUUCAUCCUGUGUUAUUUGGAAAGUCCCUGCACUUUAAUUAGUGAUUUCUUGGCAUGAAUGGAGGAUAAAAUAAAGGUCUGUUGCAUGGGCACGCUUCCAUGCACAGUUCUUCAGAUUAAGGUUAUAUUAAAAAUGUGCAAAUUAUCUAUGUGGAAAAUGCUUAGCAAGGUAUCAUAUGGGGAUUAACACGGCUGAAUCUGCCAUAAACUGGCUUUUUUGAUGUGGUCAUGUAGAAUCAAAGCUGACAAUGACCUGUUGAAAUGUUUUAUAUAUUUUAAUUUUGCUUGUUACAAAUA